AGCAACGACGUCCUGGGCGCCCAAGCGCUUACCGACGAGCUCUUCCCGAGCGGUGACGACGCGGCGGAGGGCGGGGGGGAGCUGGACGCCAUGGUGGCCCAGAUCGACCUGGACCUGCUGGACGACUACCCGGCCUCGGACCCCCGCUGGGCUGAGUCUGUGCCUGACGAGAGCGCCGGCUUCCCGCUGACCUCCCUCAUCAUCCUCCAUCAGCUGGAGGACAAGAUGAAGGCCCACAGUUGCUUCAUGGACUUCCUGCUGCAGGUACACACAAAGAGCAUCUCGUGGGAAAAAGAUCCAAAGUUGGGCGAAUUUCCAAAUACGCUCCACGCCGCGAGAAGAAGGUCGGCCAUGUUUGAUGUGGAUAUGCUUCACGCCGCGGGCCAGUACCGAGAGACGAAGGCGUCCACGUACGGAGCGUCCGAACACGCCGACGUGGACGCCGAGUACAUCCCGUGGACGGCGCUGGGCGGCGUCCGCACGGUCAUCUCCCGCCAGCGCGAGCUGGUCCUGCGCUCCGUGUACCCCCACGCCGACUCGGAGCUGCGUAGCGUGCUGUGCGAGCAGCUGGUGGCGCUGUUGGACUUUUACCUGGCCGGCUACGUGGCCCAACUCAACUCCCUGAAGCAGCGGCGGCAGCAGCAGCAGGGACAAGAGCGCUACGACAGCCUAGAAAUGGAGUAUGGUCAGCGGCGAUCGGAGCUACUGGCGCCACUACUGGAGCUGGGCCAGUACCAGUGGGCGGCGGCGCUGGCCGAGAAGUAUUGCGACUUUGACAUCCUGGUCCAGAUGUGCGAGCUGACCGACAACCAGAGCCGCCUGCAGCACUACAUGAGCAAGUUUGCCGACCAGAAUUUUGCCGAUUUCCUGUUCCGCUGGUACAUGGAGAAGGGCAAGAGAGGCAAACUUUUGUCGCAGCCGACCGCUCAGCACCAGCAGCUGGCCGGAUUCCUGCGAGCGCACCAACACCUCAGCUGGCUGCACGACAUCCACGUCCAGCACUACCACGCCGCCCACCGGACGCUGGUCAAGCAGGCCGACGCCGAGACGCGUUACUUUGCCAAGAAGAAGACUCUGCUGGCUCUCGGCAAACUGGCGGCGCUGGCGUCCGAUCUCGCGGCGGACGAGCUGGCCAAACAAGUCGACGAAAUUGUGGAGCAGGAGCGCUUCCUGCUGCACCAGGAGACCUUGCCCAGGCAGCUUCUGGAGGACAAGCAGCAGAACCCCGACGGCAUGUCGCUUCUCAGCGCUCGCCAGCUGGUGCAGCUUUACAUCUGCGACGACAACCGCAGGGCCAACGAGUACGACUUCAAAAAGGCUUUGGAUCUCCUGCGGUACAUCGAUGAGGACGACGUCGACGACGGCGGCAACAUCCACUCGCUCAAGUGCCAAAUCUUGGCAAAAGUUCUCCGGAGAGACGAUUGGUCAUCUCUCGACGGCAACGACGACCCCCUGGAGGCCGCCAAGGACAGCAUCUUUGUCAAGAUCCUCGCCAUGCUGGCUCAGGAAGGUGUCCGGCUGCAGACGUACCUGCCGGAGGUCAAGGAGCUGCUGGAGGUGGACGAGCUGAGCGCUCUCAAAUCCAAACCCUACUUUGAGUUUGUGUUGCGAGCAAAUUACGAGCAUUACCUGGAGGCGCAGAUGUGAAUGGCCGACUUGAGAACCCCCCCCCCGCCCCCCC